AUGAUCAACGUUCAGGAUUUGCCAAUCGACAUUCACAGCAACAAGUUAUUAGAUUGGCUAAUCAGUCGCCGUCAUUGUCAGAAAGAUUGGCAGAAGAACGUCCUAGUGGUGCGUGAGAAGAUUAAGAAUGCCAUCCUUGAUAUGCCGGAAUCUGAUGAGAUUGUCGAACUUCUUCAAGGAGCUUAUAUAAAUUACUUCCAUUGUCUGCGUAUUGUUGAGGUUCUGCAGGACACAGAAAAGGGCACGAAGAACUUCCUAGGGUACUACUCGUCUCAGCGAAUGAAAGAUUGGCAGGAAAUCCAGUCUCUAUACAAGAAAAAUAAUUUAUAUCUUGCCGAAUCGGCUCAGAUUCUGCAACGAGUAGUGCAAUAUGAAAUACCAGCUUUGAAGAGACAAAUUACGAAGGCGGAACAAGAAAGCGUGGGAAAGGAAAAGGUUUAUUCUAAGCAGGUAGAGGACAGUAAAAAGGCGUAUGAAAAGGAAUUGACUCGAUUGGGGAUCCAGGGUCAUUCUCUUCGCGCAGAGCUCCUUGCGUUGGCAGCCGAUCUUCCUACGUUUUUCGCGAAGCUGGCUGAUGAAAUCGUUCGUCUGAGAGAACCACAUGAGUACUACGUUGCUUUCAGACACUACAAAAUGUGUAACCCUUUUAGACGAAAUGAUUCGCAAGUGAAGCUGUUACCAUUGGUCAAUCUCAUCAUGCGUAAAGGUGUCCAAGCGACGACUUUUGAGUACAAAUAUGGCGUGGCUCCAGAUAGUGUCGAGACACCGUCGUACGAUCUCUUGUUAAAACAAGACAAGGCAACAAACGAUGACAUCGAUUUUUGUGAUGACGGCAUCGAUUUCGGCGAUGAUGAGACUAGAGAGUUUUCGGGCGAAGACGUCCACAUUGACGUUGUGGCAGACUCAAGUGGUCUUGUUGUUGGAGCUGUAGCGCGUGGUGAAGAUGCACUCGGUGUGUUAGAAAAUCUAAGUACUCAAAACGUGAUUAAAAAUGAACUUGAGGAGUUGAUGGCUUUUCUUGUGAUGCGUAAGGAAGAUGAGGAACGCGAUACUUCAUCGGAUAUGUUCAUUCAGGGUUUCGAGAAAAGACCUUCUGAGAUAAGUAAGGUCAGUCCAUCUAAGUUGGUUGAAUGGAUAUCACAAGUAAAGGCAAUACAUAAUCAACUUAUGGAUCCGCAAAAGAACUAUUUAUUUCACAUCAGAUCCUCGCCGCAGUAUGUUGAGAAACUCGUUGAAGAAAUAGAAUCGAAGAGAGAACAGGAGGGCCGCUAUAAAAAGAUGCAAUCGCUGAUGGUUGAGAAACAAAAUGAAGCUCGGAAGCAGAUUACGAACGCUAGUCAGAAUUUACAAGCGGUUCUGAAUUCGACGAGGUUACUUCAAAAGCAACUAGAAAAAGAUAUUUCCAUGAAGUAUGAUGGUCGAAAAGUGCACAUAGUGGGAGGAAUCACAGCAGCGCUUACCAACCGCUAA